AAUAAUUUGAUCAACUAGUCCAAACAUUGAGUUAACUUAUUCCUGUUUCAUAUUCCAUCUAUGUUUUAUGUUCAUCAUUUCGAGUACUUAACUCCCAAAAUAAUUGAGAAAAGAGAAGAAACAAAAUUUCUGCGAUCAUAUGUCUUUAAGAUAUAAAACCACAAGGCAUUCUUGCUCAAUCUAUAGUAUUACUUUAGAACUCAUACCAAUCACAUCCAAUUUAUUACUUAACAAAUAAUGUCUGCAAAACAGCAAAAUAAUUUAUGGAAUUUAAUUAUAAUUUUAUCUUUGUUACCAUUAAUUAAGAGUCAUAAUGACGCAUCGGGAUUGAAUUUUAGCAAAAGUUGUGAUAAUCAAGAAAAUGUUGAAUCAAAUUUGUUAAAUUUUUCACACAAAAGUGGUGAUGAAUUCAACUUUAAAUUCGACUACAGUGAAUUUAGUUUGAAUUUCACAAGUGAUGAAAUUUCCUCGGAAUGUCGAAAUUCAAUAGAAGUUCUGGAACAACGUGCAAAGUUGUUGGACUUAAAUGCAUUAAAAAUCCUCGAUGCAAGUGCAAAAAUUGGAAGUGGAAUAUUAAAAGGAAAUAUUAAUAACCUUGGUGACUUUGACGAGUGCCUCGAAUCAAAAGUUGAGAAUUUUCAAGGAAAAUAUUGCCUUGCUGAGAUCCAAUUCGAGAUCCACACGCAUGUUAAGCAUUUCAAGAGAUUAAUUUUGGCUGAUGAACCAUACAAAAAUGAACUCGAUGACAUUACUCACAUUCUCCCAAGAACGUCGACAAUACUUUGGGGUGUUUGUAUGCCAUCAACAUGUAGCUAUAAGGAACUAGAAGUAGCUUUACGUAAUACUAUUGAACAUAAGUUUGGAAAAUAUUUGAUCUCAGUACAAAUGAAAGUAAAAGAACAUAAUUGUCAGGUACAAGAAGAAUUUUCAUGGAUUAAUGUAAGCAAUGGAACAAAAUUGACUAUAGCGCUGUUUUUGCUGCUUUUAAUUUUAUCAUGUGUAGCCACAGUCUAUGACUUAAACUCAUUAAAAUCUCAAAAGAAUGAGGUUUUAACAGCAUUUUCAAUGAAUAAAAACUUUAAGGAAAUAAUGUCAACAGACAUAAGUCCACGAGAAAUUCCGUCUCUACAUGGCAUCAGGAUUCUUAACAGCUUAAUGCUCAUUUUAGGACAUAAAUCUAUGGGAGUUUUCUUCCAGCCAUUAGUUAACAAAGCCAAUGCAUCUGAGGUUUAUAACUCAUAUGCUUCAAUCCCACUAAGAGCAACAUUUUUGCAUACAGAAAUAUUCUUAAUGCUCAGUGGACUGUUACUAACACAUUCGUUAGUCGGCAAACUCAAUCGAGGUCGAAGGAUUGACAUUGUGAAGGAGAUUGCUGCGAGAUAUUUUAGGUUUAUGCCACCUGUAAUUACUUUAAUGCUAAUUUCAACAUUCAUUCUUCCAUUGCUUGGAAAUGGUCCAUUAUGGCCAGAUUCUGUGAUUUCUCAAGUAGACAUCUGCAAAAAGAACGGCUGGAUGAAUUUACUUAUGAUUCAGAAUUGGUUUGGAUUUGAAAAUAUUUGCAACUUUAAUUUGCAUCAUGUUGGAACUGAUUUCAUCAUUUUUAUGGCAUCACUUCCUAUCAUUGUAUAUCUCCAUAAAUUUCCUAAAUAUAACAUGACUAUUAUACUUGUUCUUGGCGUACUUUCAACAAUUGCACGCGGGUAUGUCACUUAUGUGACCGAUGUUAUGAUUUAUAUUAAAUUCGGAAGCACCACGAAGCAAAUGAUGAAUACAGCAAACUUUAUGUACGGGAUUCCACCAUAUCGAUUUACGUCAUAUUCAAUUGGAAUCGUAAUGGGAUACAUCUUGAGAAAUCAAAAACCUCAGAAAUUAGGAUCAAAAAUUGUUAAUUUAGGAUGGAUUGCUGCUACAUCUGCAAUUGUACUUAUUGGAAUAUUAGCUACAUACGUUCACGUUGCCUAUACACCACUUAAUAUGGCAAUAUUCUCUGCAUUAACCCCUAAUCUCUUUUGUGCUUUCUUCGCAUGGAUUAUUUACGUUUCCCAUCAUCAAAGUGGAAACAUAUUUACAAGAAUUUUCGAAUGGAAGUACUUUAAAGUAACAUCAGCAUUAUCAUACGGAAUUUACCUCCUACAAUUCCAAAUAUUUGCAUACAUUAUUGGUACAAUAAGAGGUCCAGUAUAUUUUACUGCAUAUAAUCAAAUGUUUCAUCUUAAUGAGCUUCUUUUAAUAUUUAUUGGGGCUUUCUUGAUGACUUUGCUGGUUGAACUUCCAUUUGGGAAUUUAAAAAAGAUUAUUUUUGAUAAGACAGCACCUGAAAAAAUUAAUACGACUAAAAGUGAUAAGGAAGAAUAAGUAAAUACUGAUUUAAGGUAUCAUAUAUUAUAUUUAUUGUGUUAAGAUAAAAGGUUUGUGAAAUUUGAUAUUUCGAAU